ACCAUUGCCGCUCCAGGUGUCGCACCAAACACACGGGCCACUUCGCUGUCGAUCCGUCUCGAUUUGGAUCAACGUCGCUUCGUGUCAUCACAUUGUUUCCUCGAACUGCAAAACCUACGCGAUCCGAUCGCUUUGAUUUGCGAUUUCAACACCGAAGUCGUCCGGAAACUGCGGAUGCCACUCAGUUUGCCAUCAUCUCGGAGUGUCACCUUGCGUUUGUGCCGUUGCCCCACAACUUCAUUACGUCAUUUUUAUGGACCGAGGUGACCAGAAUGAAGCAAACCCUCAGCUGGUAAGAUGAUUCAUUGGAGAAAAAGCUCCAGACAUAUUCCAGACAAAACCAACACUGUCAACACAGAAUUACCAACAAUGACACAUUUGACAAAGAGAACUUUUACCCAGACCGAAUGACUACAGGCGAGACAGACUUAAUAGGAUCUAAUAAAUUGGACAACAGAUAGCAGCUCAGUGGAAAAUUCAAGCCUUGAAAUGGAGGUGGAAAGGCCGGAAGUCUCAGAACAAGAGCCCUUCUCCAAGGGUGGCCAUGACAACCCUGAUGGCAAGAAGAGCCGGGGACACACUUGUGAACUCUGUGGAAGAACUUUUCCUUUCCUCAGCUCUUUGUCCCAGCACAUGAGAAAGCACACCGGGGAGAAACCCUACAAAUGUCCUCACUGUGAGCACCGCUCAGCCCAGAAGGGCAGCUUAAAGGCCCACAUACGCAGCCAUAAACUGGAUGGUCUCAGCCAGAGUGGUGGGGGCGAGGAGGAAGAUAUAGAUGAGGAAGGGGAAAAGGAAGGAGGGGUGCCAGAAGAUCAAGGUAGUUGCUCCAGUCCAACUGAGAGUACCUCAGCUUGCAACAAGGUGGUGAGUGGUGAGGAUGCAACCAAAAUGAGGAAGAAAAGUGGAAAGAAGGAAAGAACCUCUAGUGAGAAUGGUAAACAGUCAGUGCAGUGCUCUCUGUGCAGGAAAAGAUUGUGCAGUCAGGCAGAGCUUGAAAAGCAUAUGCAGGAGCUUCACAAGGUCUUCCGUUGUGAACUGUGCCCUUAUGAGACACAACAGGAGGUUCAACUGCAGGCUCAUGUUGAGAAGGAUCAUCCAAGUGAUGAGGAAUCUAUCACCAAAGAAGUGUCUACCAGUGAAGAAACUGAUUGUAUACUUGGUAAAGGCGAGUUCCCAUGUGAACAAUGUGACCAGGUUUUCACCCAAGCCUGGUGUCUAAAAACUCACAUGAAGAAGCAUCAGAACAGUAUGGAUCAUGGGUGCCGGAUCUGUGGACGUCGUUUUCGUGAGCCCUGGUUCCUACGUAGUCACAUGAAGACCCACAACACUAAGGUAAAACCAAGGAGUAACUCUUACCUUCCAGCCACUGUCAACGAGGUGGCGCAGGACGAGUCCAACUUGGUGAAUGAAGUGUGUCUGUAUGAACUCUGUGCCAAGUGUGGUAAUUUCUUCCAUGACCGCAAAAGCUUGCACUUGCAUGAGCAGGUUCACAGAAAUAUUGAACAGCCUCUUAAAAACAAAGUCUGCAAUGAAAAUGACUUUCCAUCGGUCACCAAGACAAGCUUCUUGCAAUGCCUAAACUUAAAACCUGCAGGAAAUAUCGAUAACCCUAGUGAGGGAACUAUAGGGAAAAGAAUCCCAGAGCUUGAUCCUGUAAGUAGCUACCAAGCUUGGCAACUGGCAACUAGAGGCAAAUUGGUGGAGGUAACGGAAAGAAGCCAGGGUUGGGAAGAAAGGUUAGCUGAUGCGGAUGUAGCAUACGACAGGGAAAAGGGCGAGUAUGUCUUACUCAGACAGGACAAGAGGAAGAAAUCACUUGAUUCCACUGUGAGUAUUCCAACCAAGAAACGGAGAGGGGCUGUUACCCAAGGCUCCAUCUCAGAUCAGCACAGCAAUGGAGAAAAGAACAGCCAGGUUUCAACAGGUGAGCGAAGCCCUGAAAAUCUGAGUGACUCUGAGUAUCGCCCUACUUCUCGCCCUAGCCGUAAAAAUUCCCAGAAAACUUCAGAGUGCUUGGAGUGUGGAAAGGGCUUCCGCACACAGCAACAGAUGGUGAUCCACAUGCUUAUCAGACAUGGUGGCUUGGGUGAAACCAUUGGUGGAAAUGGACUGUUCCGGAAAACAGCAUCUAGCCCGUCUAAAACAGGAGAAUCAGCAGGACACUUCAGGGAUCAAAGACGGGCUGGGUUCUUGGGGGACACAGAUAAAAAGCCAUACACCUGUGAGCACUGUGACUUUUGCACCUCGGAGCCCUCAGUCAUCGCUGCCCAUAUCCAAACGCAUCAAUCAGGGUCAGUCAGGGACUGGGGCCAGAGGAGUGAUGCCUUAACCAGCUCACUUAGCCAAAGCCAAACUCACCAAGCCAAUCACACAGGCUUCCCAAGGCUGAGAAAUGCUCUUCUACAGCAGCCCUACUGGCCCUACACCACCUCAACUCACCUGGAGAGGGCAGCACUGAGUGACGCCGCUUUAAAGACUGAGGAAGAAAAGAGCAAGGGUUUGGAAGAAAGCAGCUCCACAGAUAAAGCGGAGUCUAAUCUGCUUAAUCUGUCAGUGGACGUGGAUAACAAAAAAGGAGUUUCUUCUAUGCUUUUGAACAAUUUGGUUAAACACCAGUGCCCUUAUUGCUCCUAUGCAACACACUAUCCAGAAGUUCUCUGGAUCCACCAACGAAUCGCACACAAAAUUGACAGCACUACGUUGGUGCCGAAGUGGGCCCCAAAAAAUGGCCUCAAGGGACCCAAAACGCUUCUUGACUUCAAGAGACGCACCGGGCCACCUCCAUUUCUGGAGGGUAAGGACUGCCCGUCUCUCCCUCAGAUGAGAAGUUACAGAACCAGUCCACCUGAUUGCAGCCCUGGAGGGACAAAGAAAUCAAAACCUCUGACAAGUACUGUAGAGUCCAGCUCUUCGCAAAACAAGAGCUGGCACACAGCCACAGCGCCAGGGGCAUCAUCGCACUCGUCCAAACACAAAACCAGCAAGUCCAGGACAGAUGAGUUGGCAGGCAGUAAACACAAAGCAGACGUCCAUCAAAACAGCUCCUCACGGCCCACGGCAAGUCCUCAGAAGACUGGAAACCCAAAGACAGGUAGCCGAGUGGUGGAGAAUAGUUUGCUACCUCAAGAGGGACUUCAUUUUAUGCUCUCUAGCAAACACAACCUCUCGGAUCAGAGGAGCUCCAAAGCUCACGCUCCUCAGACCCCCAGUAAGUCUGAUUCUCAAGCUCAGGAUACACCGUCUGUGGCUGGGUAUGACCCCUGGAGCAGACUGGGCCUGUGUGGCCCGUCACCUCACUCCCAGUCCAAGAGACAGUCAACAGCUGAUGGUCCAGAAGGUGUGACGGACAUCCUGAGUUUUUUAAAGAACUGCAACCCUCACGAUCUUGCUGCCCUCUACCACCACUGGGGCUACAGUAGUGCCAUGACAGAGCAAGCAGGGUUGGCGAGGUCAGGGUCUCAGCAGGGGGAGUACGUGUGUCCGGUGUGCAGGAAGAGCUUCAACCAGCCCAGCCAUUACCGCACACACAUGAGAUCACACACAGGUGAGCGACCUUUCCAGUGCCGAUACUGUCCUUACAGCGCCUCACAGAAAGGUAACCUGAAGACUCAUGUCCAGACCGUGCACCGUCUAGCCUUCGACAACGCGCAGUACCCGGACAGGAGACUCCGCCAAGUCCCUACCAAUGAACCCACAGACCCCUCUGGAUCCCUUCGAGCACCUCCUCAUGACCAGCUCGAAUGAAGUCUACAAGAUGUCCAUCAAAAACUGUUGGAUGCAACUUUCAAGAAAGAUGUUGUGUAAUGUGCGGCAUUGGAUUUUUUUCGUGUUUUUAGUUUAGCUCGACUUUCCCAUUUCCCUUUUUAUUACCACCUGACACAAAGCUCUAGAUUAAAACAAAACCAUGCAGAACAGGCCGACGACAGGUUUGUGGCACGUUUACACCUCCUUUGUCCAGAACUUCUGAAACACUUGAGGGCUAAAGCCUCCUCAACAUGAGGUCAGAGCUGAUGGAGAAUGACAGUCAAACCCAAGGACUUCAGCUGAUCCCCUAAACUUGAAAUGCUGCCUCCGAGUUCCUCGAAUGACUAGUUGUUAAUCAAAAUAGCCUUAGUAUGCAGCGAGUGUAGUUCAUGCGUGCGUGUGCGAUUGUGAUUUCCACAUUCUACUUCUCAGGACUUGAGUUAGACCUAAUUCCAAAGCCUGCAUUCAUUCACACCAGUGCAUAACUGCACGGAAAGGACACAUGCAGUAAAAUUCAGUACUUAGAUUUGAGUUCUGCUGAUUGUAGGCCUAUAUAUAUAUAUAUAUAU